AUGAAGUUAUCAAUCAUUGCUGCAUCUGCUCUUGCUGCUACUGCUUCCGCAUUCCCUUUAAGUAUGAACUUAUUCAAGAGAGACUAUAAAAACUCAACAGAGGUUGUCACCACGGAAAAUCACCUUAUCGCUGCAUACGCUAAGCCAUAUGCUUUGUUCCAACCACAAGUUUUUAUCGUAUCCAUGUUUUACCCAGAAGCUGAUGUUUGGUUGGAUGGUCUUGACUUCGUCCACAACAUUACCAUCCCAGGUUUGUCACCAUACUACCCAGAUAUUCACUGUACCACCAACUACUCAAUUUGUCAAGUCACUACGGGUGAAGGUGAAAUCAAUGCUGCUUCCACUAUUACUGCUUUGACUUUGAGUCCAUUAUUUGAUCUCACUGAAUCUUACUUCUUAAUUGCCGGUAUUGCUGGUGGUGAACCAAACUAUACCACUACUGGUUCAGUCACCUUCUCUAAGUAUGCUAUUCAAGUUGCUUUAGAAUAUCAAAUUGAUUCAUCCGAGCUUGGUGCUGAAGCCGCUAACUGGACUACUGGUUACUAUGCUUUCGGUACCACCAACCAACAGGAUUACCCAGGAAACGUCUAUGGAUCUGAAGUCUUCGAAUUGAACGAAAACUUAUUAAACAGAGCUUACGAUUUAGCCUCCAACGCAACCUUGGACCCAGGUUCCAAUGCUACUGCCGCCUUCAGAGCCUUAUACCCAGACCUCAAAGCUUCUUCAUUACCAGGCGUUGAAAAGUGUGAUGGUCUUACUUCCGAUUCCUACUUCACUGGUAACGUUAUGGGCGACUACUUUGACUACUUUGCCAAGUUAAUGACCAACGGUUCUGCUACUUACUGUGCCACUGCCCAGGAAGAUAAUGCUUCUUUGGAAGCAUUCGUCAGAGCUGCAAAAUUCGGUUUAGUUGACUAUGAAAGAAUCAUUGUCAUGAGAACUAUCUCAGAUUUCGCCAGACCACCUCCAUCAAUGGCUGAUGAUGUCUUAUACUUCUUCAAUGAAGCCGAGCAAGCUGGUUCGUCUCCAGCAUUUGCCAACAUUUUCAAUGCUGGUCUUCCAAUUGUUACAGAUAUUAUUUCUAACUGGGACACCCUUUACAAGAACGGGUCUUUCAAAGCUGACAACUACGUUGGUGACAUUUUCGGAACCUUAGGUGGAACUAUGGACUUCGGUAAGAAGGAAUUUGAAAUUUAA